ACCAUCAUGUAGACUCCUCCUAGACAAUCGACUUGUAUUAACCUCCAAGUUCGACAGCUUGAAACCCUGUACCGCACCCUACGCCUCGUAAUGUCUCUGACGAAAACGCCGAUAUUAACGCUAGCACGGUCCCAUCGCUUUCUCUCAUUGCAUGCAGUAUGGCUGCAUCAGCCCGCUCUCCGGAGUCCUCUGACCACCUGACCAUGAACACAAGCAGACAAUCAUGAUGCUACUGUGUAGUGGUCUGUAAUGCUGCAACAUUGAUGUAUAGUCUGCUGCGAUGAUUGCGCGGACCGGCCACCAUCGGCACUGGCAGUCCCGCUUCUAGUCCUCUCACCAGGAGCUUACGUCCACUAUUCUUAGACCACCGUUUUGGCCGCUCUAGUAGCAGCCGCGAUCUAGCAUAUUAUACUCUGAACAUGGGAUGGACUCCGAUGUGAUCAGUUGCAUCCUGUCCGGAAUUAUACAUCGUGACGUGGUGCGUAGACUGCCGGGAUUUCGACAGUCGCCUGCUCUCUGCCACCACCUUCCUGAGGCAAGCAGCAGAAGUGACCGUAGUUUCAAGCACUGUCAGUCAGGACGUUUUGGAAGGCAAAUCGAUAUGUCUUUAGAGGAACCUACGCCACAUUACAAAACUUCGAGUUCUGUCAAUUCAGAUGGCAAACUUGCUGACGCUUCUGAAGAGAAGCGAGCAGUCCGUAUGCUAGACUAUACUGUAUUGCCACUCGUCACUAUGUUCUACCUACUUUCUUUCUUGGAUAGAGCCAACAUUGGAAAUGCACGUGUGGCGGGUCUUCAAAAGGGACUUCACCUUACAGACCAUCAGUACCAAGUUGCUGUCACGGUUACCUUUGUGCCAUACAUUGCUGCAGAACUACCAUCAAAUCUGUUGCUCCGUAGAAUAGGACCCAGGCUACUAAUGCCUCUACUGCUUGUGAUCUGGGGCGCCAUUGUGACGCUUCAUGGUGUUGUAUCUUCAUAUACCGGUCUGGUCGUGAUUAGGGCAUUUCUCGGACUCGUUGAAGGACCCAUGUUUCCAGGCAUUGUCCUCUAUCUCUCGGAUUUCUAUACUCGAGAAGAGCUUUCAUUGCGUGUGGCGCUAUUCUUCUCCUCGGCUUCCUUGUCAGGAGCGUUUUCUGGGUUACUCGCCGCUGCUAUUCAGAACAUGGAUGGUAUUGGCGGGAAGCCUGGUUGGGCAUGGAUAUUCAUUCUGGAAGGGCUGUUUACAGUGAUUGUCGGGGUUGUGUCCUUCUUUCUCAUCCCUUCCACCCCUCAAGGUUCCAAGUUCCUCACACAGAGACAGAAGGACAUCAUUGUAGACCGUCUAGCCCGUGAUCGUCCAGGCAUUGGCAUACUGGAUGAGUUCAGCUUCAAGGAGAUAUUCCGGUCUCUGAAGUCUCCACACGUCAUCAUGGUCUUCAUCAUGUUCUUCGGGAACGGUACAACGCUUUACGGUUUGGCGCUGUUCUUGCCAUCUAUCGUCAACCAACUUGGCUUUAGUCCGACAAGGACGCAGUUGAUCAGUGUGGGGCCAUAUGCUGCGGGGUUCUUCGUCACGCUCAUCAGUGCAUACUUAUCGGAUCGCUACCACACUCGAGCAAUCCCGACGAUGGUAAUAGGAACGUUCGCCGUAGCGGGGUUCGGCAUCUACUUGGGAUCGAGUCAUGUGGCAGCAGCAUAUGGUUCCCUGUUCCUUUCAGUUCCAGGUGUUUACGCAACCGCGCCCAUCCUCUCUGCGUGGAUGGCAAACAAUUCUGAACCUUAUUAUCGAAGAGCCACGAGUGUCGCUAUUGGGUUCGUUGCUACGAAUGCUGGAGGGAUCUUGAGUACUUGGAGUUUUCCAACCAGGGAAGGGCCGAGAUUCAAAAGGGCGACUAUCAUGGAUCUCGUGUUUUCUCUCGUCAUUGUCUUUGGCUGCGUUGUCAACGUCCUCUGGCUCACCCAUGCUAAUCGUAACAAAGUACGACAUCGCGCAGAAAUGCUUGCACCAUAUGCAGACGAGAAAGAAGCACAGUACGACAGUGGUUCACAGCGAGCGUGGAUUACCCUGGGAGACCAGCACCCCGACUUCAAAUAUACUCUAUAGAGGCCGUAGCAUGAAGUGUUCCUUGGCAUCCAGCCUAAGUUUUCAGGUAUCGAUCCCCCGACGUCGUCUACAUUCUAUUUACAUUGGAUCUAUACCAAAUAAUAGCCUGAUACGUUCAAAAGCUAUGAAGCUUACGAUAGUAUGGGUUCCUAACUUCACAUC